GAAAAAAGAAAAGAAACGAAAAGAGUAUGAUUUGAUCAAAUAAAAUCCGCAAAAAACCGAAAAAGAAAAAGGAAAAUCUCUCUGUCUAAAGUCGACUUUACUACUCGACACAGUAGCCGAGAAGGAUGGCCGGCACGGCGGUGACACCGCCGCCAGCGGCCGGAGUUCCAGUGACCGACGGCGCAGUCGCCCUGAAAUCCAGCUUGAGCGCUUCGGACUGGAACUCGUUCCGCAUGUCAGCCGUCAUGGACCGUUUGCUUGGUCAUAUUUACGGCAACCGCAAGAGCGAGACAGUCGAAUUACUAAACCUCUGCCUUUCCCUCGCUAGAAGUAUUGAUUUUGCCAUUGGAAAUAAUGAGGUUCCAAGCAGAUCUCCAGAUCUGCCUUCAUUAGUGAAGAAGGUAUGCCAAUAUAAAACUGACAGCGUCCUGCAAGCAUCAAUAAUGGUCCUGAUGAUUUCUGUCAAGAGUGCUUGUCAAACUGGGUGGUUUUCUGUAGCUGAUUCUGACGAGCUUAGCAAUCUGACGAAGGAGAUUGAAACCAAUUUUUGCAGCGUGUCAAACUGUAACAAUCAGCCAGAUCAUCAUCUUUCUGUCAUCUCAACAAUCAUGUCAAGAUUCUACCCAAGAAUAAAAUUGGGUCAUAUUUUAGCUCUUCUUGAAGUCAAGCCUGGAUACGAUGCAUAUGUGAAGGACUUCCAGAUUUCAAAAAAUAUAAGUACCUCUCCCCAAGAUAAAAUAAGGUUACUUGUCGUUCAAACUGAUAAUACUGAGACUUCAGCCUGUCUUGUUAGUCCUGCCAAAGUAAACUUCCUGUUGAACGGGAGGGGAGUGGAGAGGAGGACCAAUCAUUCCCUGGAUACAGGGCCGCAAAUCCCAACUAUUGUUAAUAAUUUGUUGAAAUAUGGAACAAAUCUCCUUCAGGCUGUUGGUGAAUUUAAUGGAAACUAUUGUAUAGCCAUUGCUUUCAUGAGUGAGGUGCCAAAUCCUGAUAAUAACACACUCCAAGAUUACGAGCAGCAUGCUCCUGCAACUGUUGAUGCAGAUUCGGAAAUAAUUGUGGGGCCUUCACGAAUCUCAUUAAAUUGUCCUAUAAGCUUCAAGAAAAUCAAGACGCCUGUAAAAGGACAUUCAUGCAAGCAUAUUCAGUGUUUUGAUUUCGACAAUUACGUGGACAUAAAUUCACGAAGACCUUCCUGGCGCUGCCCGCACUGCAAUCAACACAUUUUAAAAGAGGCUGGGUCCCAUGUCUCUAACGUGACCAUCUCAUCUGACGGCUCAUGGAGCGCCACCACAGCCGAAACUGACGACACCACUCAAAAAAAACCGGACGAUGUGGCCCCGAACUUGGGCCGGGACGAGUCCCCGUCGGGACCCGCUGACAUACUCGACCUCACGGAGAUUGAUGAUGUCAUGAGUGAAGUCACCCCUUCGGAAGCUGAGGACGCAAAGCAGCUUUUAACCGCUGCACAAAACUCGAUGUCUCGAGCUGGUCAAGGCAGCAGCGCCCAAGAUGACUUUUGGUCCGCGGUUUUCCUCUCGACUUUUGGGAAUGUCCCGUCUAACGCGAGACCAAGCAGUCUAAACGUCUUGACUGCAGUUAGUGAAGGUGGUGCUCUCAACGCAAUCUCUGGGCUGUCACCUAACGGGACGCCUUCACCAAAUGCGCUGCAGUUCCAAUUCGGGAACACGAAUGACUAUGGGAGGAUAUCAAAUUCAACACUGCUUAGGAAUGUGACUCGGGUACCGGUUGGUAUUCAGGCUCUUCCUGUUCAGAACCCAUCGUCUGCACGGAGCUAUACUAACAGUGGGAAUAUUAUGAACACUAAUAAUCGUCCAGCAGUUUCGCAGGUUUCUCCAAAUUAUUCGACGGCACCUGUCGCGCAUAUACGUCAGGGCUUGCCAGUUUCUUCGUCUCCUUCGAUGCAGCAUUCAACUGUACAGCGAAAUUAUUCGUUCCCAUCUGUCGAACCACCACGAAGCAGUACUGGUUUCCAGGCCCCAAAUGCAUACGUACAACAACCGUCCUCCUCUCAGGCUUCCUUUUUGCGUCAACCCAUCACUACCCAACAUUCUCAUCUCAUUGCAGCUGCAAAUCGAGCCGUUCAAAUGUCUUUCGAGCCAACGAGACCCUCUUACAGCACCAUCACAUCCCCAAGGGACCAAAUGGGCAGCCAGCCAUUCUCUGGAGCCGAUGGCCACAAUCUGGCGGCCGAGAUGAACUGGCGGCCCGCGGGCCGCAUGCGUGGGGCUCUUUCCGGGCAGGCCUACACGGAGGCGUAUAACCAGGCCAUGAGCCGCCCGGUUCAGCCGGUGGCUCAAGGUGUUAGGCCAGUCCCAACCGUGACCUCCUCCAUGCUGGACCCACCUCCAGGCUACGUGGCGGCUGGUGGUGGUGCUGCUGUUCAGGGUGUGCCAGCUGGCAGUGUUCAGGGUGUUCCGGCUCAGAAUCAUGUGUUGUCCGGUGCAGGAGGACCAAGUGGAGGACCCGUGGGUUCGGGUGUUGGGCCUGGCGGGUCGGCUGGCAUGGGCUGAGUUUAAAAUGGUGCAAUUUUUUCAGUGGCAUAUUGUUCUCGGGCUGGGAUGUGUUCUGACUUUUUUAGCUGACUGAGCGGUUGGAUAUAAUUUUUUUCCACGCUUCAUUCUCGCUAGAUAUAUAUUUUUUUUCUUGAUGUAUGAUUGGCCACUUUUUUAUUUUAUUUAAAAAAGUAUUUAUUUAAUUUUAUUUUUUAUUCUCA